CCCAUCCAGUUAUUUAAACUAGAAAGAGCGUCACUGUCCACGACGAUAUAGUUAUCGCUUCUUUUUUCGUUGUCUUGUCGUUCUCUUAUUGCCAGGCUCCUCUUAGGUUAGAAUCGCCAUGUUGCAAUUCCUAAACCAAUUGCUAGGGCCUUCGGGCUCUAGUAUCGCUUCACUCAUCAUAAAAGGUGUCGGUUAUCUGAUAUUAGUCGGCAUAUUGUUUUUCUUCUACCGCUUAUAUACCGUUCGAAUGUUGUUUCGACGAAUUCAAAAAGAACAUGGAAUUGUGAGUGCUUUUCGUUGCACUCAUCUCCAGUUGAUCCGGGUCACCAUACGGUAGGCGCCAAGCGUGCUGCGAUCCGGCAUUACACCAGACCUACCUGAGCAAUUCCAGCUUAGUUUUAGGACAUACAACUAUCCUUCAAUACUAAUUUCAUACAGCCGAUGAUACCUCAUUCGUUUCUUUUCGGUCAUCUCGUAGCGAUUGCUAAGAUCCAUAUAAAACAUAAAAUCCCGCCGGAUGUCAACGGCCAUUGGAUAUUCCGCCAUCUCGAGUUGGAAUAUCCCGAACUUGUUAGGAAGGGUAUUAUUUACGUUGAUGUCUGGCCAAUCGGAUUCCCAAUGGUGGCCACGUAUCAUCCAGACAUCAUGGCACAGUUUAUCCAAGAAAACAGUCUUCCCAAAUUCUGGGCUUUAUCACAGGUUGAGUUCAAGCCCUUCACCGGAGGUAAGGAUUUGGUGACCAUCGAUGGCAACGAAUGGAAGCAGGCUCGAGCCAUGUUUAAUCCUGGUUUCUCGGCUAGGAAUCUAUUGUCUUUAGUCCCGGAUAUGGUAGAGGAAGUUUUGGUCUUCCAGGGACGAUUAAGACAAGCCGCUACGUCCGGGGAGGUAGUAAAACUGGAAGAUUAUACGACGGACAUAACGAUUGACAUUAUUGGACGUGCUGUACUUGGAACACGUUUAAAGACACAGACCCAGCCAAGUCGGCUAAUGAGUACAAUGAAGUCUCAGUUGAGCCUCAUUUUCCUAGAGCUCGACCUCAAAAAGCUACUUAACCCACUCCGUCCUUUCAGGAAUUGGAUAUACAAUCGCAUUAUCCGAAACGAGCUGGCUCCCUAUAUUAUCAACACGGCCCAAAACUAUGAGAAGAUUGAAGGGGCCAAGACCGUCGUCGCUCUCGCUCUAAAAUCAUACGUAAACGAAACACCAGACUACUCGGAUAGAGGAAAUGUCCCACCCGAAUUCAUCGAGCGAGCUAUAAAUCACAUCAAGAUCUUCAUGUUCGCCGGACAUGACACUACCGCAACCGUCCUCGCACACGCAUAUUACCUACUGAGCCAACAUCCGGACAAGGCGACCAAGUUACGCGCCGAGCAUGACGAAGUAUUGGGGCCUGACCCGUCAGCUGCUGCGGACCUAAUAAGAGCCGACCCGACCUUGCUAAACAUGAUGCCGUAUACGCUCGCUGUUCUCAGAGAAACACUACGUCUGUUUCCACCAGCAGGAGGCAGCGUUCGCCAAUCUCCACCAGGGCAUUUCCUUACACACCCCGAGACAGGAGUCCGCUACCCGACACACGGAUUGAUGAUACACUCUUCCGUAGUAACUUUACUACGCGAUCCAACAUACUGGCCCGACGCGGAUUCCUUUAUCCCGGAGCGAUUUAUGGUGCGCGACGAAAACGACCCGUUGUAUCCUGUAAGAAAUACCUACCGACCAUUCGAGAUGGGACCCAGAAAUUGUAUUGGACAAGAACUCGUCUCGGUAGAAAUUAGAUUGAUUCUCGCCUUAACGGUGCGCGAGUUCGAAGUCGAAGAUGCUUAUCCCCAAGGCGCGCCGUUAUGGAUGGGUACUAAGGCCUACCAAAUAACGAAUCCUGAAGUUGUGGCUACCGCCCAUAUCAAGGACGGUCUUCCUGUUCGUAUUAAAUCCCGGAAACAGGGUAGCUGAGUGUCUCAGUAGGGAUAUUUGGUUGUCAUGGCUGUGAGAAAUGGGACAUAAUACUUACAUACCAAAUGAACGAGAAGUGAUAUCUAUUAAAGUGAUGGGUAUUGUCGACGAAGCCCCAUCGCUAGGCGUUCAUAUAUUCCAAUGUAUCGAGAUCCACCAGGCACAUCGUAAAUGAUAUGUAUAUACCACGAAAUAUAGCCGAUUCCAGCAAAAUAU